AUGGUGAUAUUCCAGUCAACUCACAUUAUAUGUAGGCUGUUGGAAUGCCCCCGAACUUUUGUCAACCUACUUCUCCAAACAUUCAUUAUGUCGCCCAAAACUGGGUAUCUGCCUUCGUACCAACCUCGAGAAAACGAAACACAUGAUGAAGGUUGUUGUGGAAUGUCGAAUGCUAACUGCAACUUUACGAAGGCGAAGGUGGUCGUCGUCGGCGGAGGCAUAGCUGGAAUGUGUAUGGCCAUCGAUCUUUUGGUCAAUCGGAGGGUUAAGGACAUUAUAAUCUUGGAAAAGGGAGGCGGCUUUGGCGGAACAUGGAGAGACAACAAAUUUCCUGGUUGCUGUUGCGAUGUCUUCAGUGUGCUUUACUCGUACUCCUUUGCCCAGAACCCCAAGUGGUCUCGUCGGUAUCCGGGUCAGGAAGAGAUCCUGGAUUACCUGACCGACGUCGCUCAAAGAUAUGGUCUUUACAAAUACACUCGAUUCCACACGACUGUCGAGGCCGCCAACUGGAAUGAUAAAAGCCUCAAGUGGGAAACCACUGUGACCGUUGGCCAAGGGAAAGAGUCGGAAUUCACACCUACCUACAAAAUUACUAGUGACUUUUUAGUUGCUGCGACUGGCCAACUCAACAACCCAAAGGGUAUUGAUGUUCCAGGAUACGCAGACUAUCAAGGUAAAAUCAUGCAUUCCGCCAGGUGGGAUUGGAGCUAUGAUUUGAAAGGAAAGCGGAUUGCUGUCAUUGGAACUGGUGCAACCACCGCGCAGAUCGCCCCAGAAAUCGCCAAGUUGGCAUCUCAACUUACCAUCUGUCAAAGAACACCGGCCUGGGUAAUCCCACGGCAUGAUUCCAAAAUCCCAAACUGGAAGCAAGCAAUGUUUGCAUAUCUCCCGCCAGUACGCUGGCGAGCACGUGCCGAGGCGAUGGACUUCCGAGAAUCAUUUCACUCUGCAGUCACACAAGCUGACUCUGCCUAUGCUGAGCUCAUGAGGUCUAUGAACUAUAACCUCUUGAGAGAACAGCUGCCUGAUCGUCCUGAUCUUUGGGACAAACUGUCCCCAAACUACCACCCCGGGUGCAAAAGGACAGUGAUCAGCGAUGACUACUACCCUAUCCUUUUACGAAAGAACGUCAAAUUGGAAACUAACAAGAUCGAGCUGUUUACGAUAGAUGGAGUCAAAUUCGAAGGGCAUGACUCGGCGGAAAAGUUCGACUUGAUCGUGUUGGCAACGGGGUUUGACACGUUCUCAUUUUUGUCACCGAUCAAGAUCACUGGGCGCAACCGCAGGCCAUUGGAGGAGAUCUGGACAAAAGCUGCAUAUGCUUACAGAGGCGUGACGGUGCCAGAUCUUCCGAAUUUUGGCAUGCUGUACGGCCCAAACACAAAUCUCUCCCACAACUCUUUGAUACUUGUUAUCGAGGCCCAAACAAAGUACAUCUCGGUCCUAAUCAACAAAGUUCUGCAGGCCAGGCGCAAAGGAGAUGGACUGGCAUUAUGUCCGUCGGAGGAGAAAACGCUGAAGUAUUGGCUUGACCUGCAAGAGUCAUUGCAAAACACGUCGUUCGCCGACCACAAUUGUAGCAGUUGGUGGAAGCGAGCGGACGGUCUCAUUACGAACAACUGGCCGGGUACGGCCAUUGAUUACCAGGAACAACUGGCAGCAGUGGAGUGGGCAGAUUACAACGCGUUCGGGUUGGCGGGAUUUGCGGUUGACAUGUUUGGAACAAGCGGCAAAAUCACCAAGAUCAGAAGGGUGGUGGAGGAGACAAGGUUGAGUAGGACUUCUCUGGGCGUUCUUCUCGUGGGUCUUGUCGGCUUUGUUGUGCGUAUUGCAUGGAGACUGUGA